CUAAAGUCAAAGUUUUACCUACAUAAAAAUGAUUGGUCGCUUUACUUUUUAGUGUUUGCGUAACGACGCGAAUUGAAACAAUAGUGCGUAUAAGUACUCAAGUGUCAGUGAAUAAAAGAAACAAAUCUUUUGAAGCUUGAAACUUAAUUAUGAAGUAAUUUAUUUUAUUACUUAUUGAUUAUAAAGAUAGCUGUGACUCUAGUUAUAUCUAAACGAACAAGAAUAUCUAAGAAGUUUGUCGUGCCAACAGCAGUGUGGGUGUGUGUUAUAUUUGUGCUAAAAUAAGUGUUUAUACUGUACAAACUAUAUAUAACCUGUGGAAAUGGUCGAAGUAGCCGAAAGGGCCUGCAAUAAUUUCUUUAGAACAUUUCUCCCUAAUACGACUGCAUUUAAAAGAAAAUCUCGGCCAAAUUCGUAAGAAGCGAGGAAAAUGAGAACGAAUAUACACAUUCAGUUAUACAUUAAACCAGGCAGUUAUUUCCAGGCUGUCAACUCCCCACCUCUGCCCCACCGGGACCUCUCCACGAGCUCCACAGCGUACCGUCCAUACAACGACGAGUAUGCUUCCAUACAACGCCGCGUGGACCGCCCGGUUCAACCAGAACCUGACCCCAAAAAAGAGAAGAAGUGGUCAAUCGGCAAACUCUUCAGGAGAAAAAAGAAAGAAGAUGAAACAGCUUCUUCGUCAGAAACGGAUGAAGGCGUCAGCACCCGAUCGCCAUCUAAAAGAAAGGCUAAGAAAAAGAAGCGUACUCCAGCAGUCAACAACUUUGACCACAUAGUGAUCAGAGAUACACGACGAGCGCAAAGUCUAGCAAAGCCUAACGUUCGUGAACUAGCCGAUGAUGGUGUUCUAUCAGAUCCGUCAGCAGGUUUCAUCAACUACAGAGCAAAAAAUCCAGAGCUCUACAAAGAGUCAAAAGAAUCCCUAAGUCUAAGAGAUGAUUUCACGACGAGUAAGACCCGAAGUGGCUUAGAGACCCCUUCUAAGAAAACUAGAAAAGGACGAUUGAAAGCUAGAGUGGAAGCCUUAAGAAACAGUAUGCGAGCUGAAUCGAGUAGUGAUGAAGAGUCAUUGAAGUCAUCAAAUUCGUCGUCUAUGGUGCGCUUCAGAAGUGACGACUCCUUGAUGAGAUCGCGAGACAGUUCGCUUAACAAAAGAUCUCGAAGUGCUCGAAAUGAAAGAUAUAUCAAGAGGUUGUCUCGCGAUGAAGAAAACCAACUGAACAAAGAAGCCGAGCUCUUACAGCAAGGCUACACGAAAGCUGAAGUAGAAAUGCUGACGAGAACACCAACAAGUCAAAGCAGCGGCUACGGAACUUGUAAAAGGGAACAACCGAAUAAAAUCAAACAAGAACAGAUAUACCCCGCCGAUGCCAACCGACGUCCAAUGAAAUCGGAAUCUAUAUCAUCAUUCCCAUCAACCCAAAGUUACCCUUCAUCUAUUAACUUCAACGCUAAAGUUAACAACGAGCAUAUUAACUAUUCCAUUCAAUACCCGAACAGUAACACGAACAGGGAACCGCUUUACGCAAAUAACAACAGGGAGAGAAGUGUCAGUCACUCGUAUGAAAACCCUGACAGCGUGAUGUGCGUCAAGUUUCCUUUAGGCAAUGUCACAAAUAUAAAGAGAGAAGAAAAAGCCCCGCCAGUGCCACCUCCUCGUGACAUGCAAAGAAAGGUCGCCACCCCUAUAUCGAUGUAUUACGAGAAUAAUCCCUUGGUAGCCGACCGAAUCGGCAGCAACCAGAAUAUAGUGCAUGGUGUACCUAACAAUGACUUUGAAAGAGUCAUGAGACGAAGUCAGGAUAGAUCACUAAGUCACGGACUUAAUGGUUUACGACGACCAAUAUCGAACUCCGAAGAUCAUAUUGCAAUGCAGAACAACGAGUACAUGCAAAAUUUUCAAUAUAAAAGUGAACAGCCUCGAAGACCAGCCUCAGUAUCAGCUGAGCCAAAUCACUACGGUCUAUAUGCCAAUACUCCACCAUGGAGAAAGAAGUAUGAGCAGCCUGCAAUCGUCAAACCAGAACCUGUCCAAUCAAGACAGGAUUUCCUAUACUUCGCUGAUCAAAGCCCUAGAUCACGAAGACCUAUAAGCAUUAAACCUAGUCAAAAUGGAUACGACAAUCAAUAUUUAAGUGACUCCCAAGCAUCUCUUACCAUGACUGAAAAUGUUUACAGAAGACCAAGAAAUGCCUCAGAUUUUUGGAAAAAAUUAGACGAUGCCGAAAGACAAAGAAGACAGCAACAUAUUUUUGCUAACACUAGAAGUAACAGUGAUUAUUCAAGUAAUACCCAAUUGCAUCGCCCAGCCUAUUUUGAUCAAAACAAAAGUCAAAAUAGAAUUGAGAACACUGACAUACAAAACAAGAACAAAAUUAAUUUCGGCUCGAAAUCUUUAGACACUACAGAUGGUGCUAAAAUGUGGAAAGCCACAACGGAGUAUAAAAGAUCAGUUACAGUUGAACCACCUAAAACAGUUACAUCACCCAAUUCUAAAACUCAUACCCGACAUAAAUCUGAUACCUUUAUACCCAGUACUUACCAAAUGCCUUCGGAUGACGAAAAAAGCUCGGAAAGGCGAAAGUCUACCAAUCUCGACGAUGCUCUCAAUGAAUUGGAGGCAAUUUACAACAGUUUAGGAUUAGGUGACGAAGAUUUAUUGGAUAGAGCCGAACGUCGAGAAUUGAUGACUCCGAAAUUUAACGACCAUUUCAAUGAUUGGAAUGGAAACGAUGACGAAGUACAGUUGAGAAGUCAACCCACAACACCACUGAGGCGUGUACCUAGAAGAUCAACUUUGCCAGAUAAAUUGCAAGAUGACAUGGCAUUCCGCAGAAUGAACUCUUUGCCAAAAGAUAAGCCAAAUUACAAGGAAGCUCAAGCACAAAUAAGUUACAUGUUGGCUUCCCCUAUAUAUGUACCAUACGCAUCCGAUGAUGAUGCACACUCUUUACGAAAUGAACCUGAUGUUGUUCAUGAUGAUGUGGUAUACAGAAAUAUUAAGCAAACAAAUAACAGGUUAAAAACCUUAGACCCUGAACCACCUUUUGGUAUACCUCGGGGACCAGUUUCACCAGCCCCCCAUAGUGACUACUUACAUGCUACACCUGAAAACAAAGGACGAUCACGAUUUAUACCAAGGAGAUCACCAGAUCUAGUCUCUGAUGAUUUAGCUUAUCGAAGCUUGAGAAAAGAUAAUAGAAAUUCAGGUUUGUUCAACGGAGAAGAAUAUAAUGGUCAUAUAAAUAACAAUCACAGUUACUCAGAAUUCCCCUUUAGUAAAGAUUCACCUUCAAACAUCAAAAAGAAACGAGCAGUAAGGUCGUUAUCUGCUAACAUAUUUACUAUGAUACAGAAAGAGAUCGAUGACGCACUAAAUAUGAGUAAGAUGGCAACGUUACAAAAAACUCAUAGUAAUAGCGAUGUCAUGAAACGCCUCCGCGAAACCUUCGAGAAAAAUGACAACGAUCAGGACAAUCACUAUCCUCGUAAUAAGGUAAAACAAAGACACAAUACUGUCAGUCUUUUUGUCAAUAACACCCAUGCACCUACCCACCAUUUCGCAAAAGACGAUUCAUUCAUUCAUAGUGACGAUAAAUACCUUGGUAAGCCUCCAUCUUGUGAUAAGUCCAAAAGCUCAUCUCCAUCAAACAGAUCACCACAAGCAUCCAAACGUUCAUCUAAAGAUGAGUUUCAACAAGUUCUAAGCAUGCUAGCACAGGAAGCUAUGGAUACCAGUAAUAAGUUAGGAGUUGCUUUGGCUGAAUUAGAUAAGAAUAGAAAUAAUACUGAGAAGAAGUCGGAUGUCCAAAGUAGAAUCACUGAUAGCAGACUUAACUUUUUAAAUGGCUUGACCAACAAAUCUUAUGAAGAGUCAAUGCCUGAAAUCAAACACGUCAAAGUGCAUUCAGAAGUUAUCAGCGAAGCUAAACCACAGAACCCAGUUAACAAUAUUGAAGAGCAAUCGAAAGCCCAGAAAACUGAAGACAGUCUUUUAGCAAUAUCAGACCAAUUACACAAAGUUGAAGACCAACUGAAACAUAGUUUUGAAAAGGAAUUGAACUUCGACGAUGAAAGUUUGAGACUGUCUUCGUAUAUAGCAAAAGCUGAAGAAGAAUUAAAAGCACAAGAAUCAGUCGCGGUUACCGAUAGUAAGUUAAUACCAGAUGUCGUCCCACUAAAAAUUCAAAAUGAUUCUAUCAAAGUUGAAAAUGUAAAUACUACAGAAAAUAAGGUUCAAAUGGAACCAGUUUUGCCAAAAUACAAUUCUCUAAACCCUUUCUUAAACUCAGAUGACAAGAUAAAAGAGAUUAAUGAAAUUAACGCCUUUAAAGAAUUGAAAGACGGCAUAUCCGACUUGAUCGCAGGCAUAUCACAAGUGAACGAUAAAUUAUUUGUUCCAAAAACUUCCAAACCUGAAAGUGAGAAAGCAAACCCAGGGAAGAUAACGGGUAUUACCGAAGCCAGUGAAAAACUAAGCCAAGUGACUCAAAUUGAUAGCAAACAAGAAGUUCCUUGUAGGGCUUCGGUUAAUCUGUCUAUUUACGAAGAUGAUUUAGAAAUUAAGAAGGACGCGGCUGAUUCUACUGAAUACAACUCGUCAGAGGAGUUGGCCACGAUAUUUAAGCUAGAUGGACCUAUGAAAAGGCCUGCAGCGAUCACUGAAAGUCAGGAUGAGCCUGUGAAUGCUGUUCGAGACGAUUUAAGCUCGCCUAAGCUGGUGAAGUCGAUGAAUCAGCAACUGCGAAGGCUCUCAGUGGACCAUGGCGAUGAAUGUGCCCCUAGUCAAAGCUCACUGCCAACUAACGUAGUCCCAUGGCGAACUAAAAGGCAAAGUCACAAUUCACAAAAAGAAAAUCGAGACAAUAACACGCAGUCGAAGCGCAGUUGGCACGACCCAGGCACUUUGAUGUUAGCUUGCUCAUACACGCUGAUGUUCUCCCAACACCUGGCCGACCUGGACUGGCUGACACUGUUGGGCCUCCUCCUGGCUAUGGUCACCAUCGUCGCCAUGCUUAUUAUUUAGAUUUAGCGGCUUUAUAAUCUUAUCUUGGUCGGUUGCAAUUUGGACGAAGUUUCGUUUGAAAUUGCAUCGUACGUAAUAUUAGUUUGUGACGAAAUCAUUUUGGCCAGAGUGCGAUCCUAACUCUAAGGUACGAUUGUAAUCCGUUCUGUUCUCAUUUUACUAUUAGAUUACGAUGUAGAGUUGUUGGCGCUCUUCGAGAGACAUCGAUUACCCUAACGUUCAAACUGAAAACUUUGAUAUUAUGAUAAAAUUACUUAGGUAGGUACCUACUUAAGUACAUUAUUUAGUUGUGGAGUGGACUCCUCUCGCACUUAUUUCGAGCUUAUUCUAAUUCGUCUAAGUUGAUCGCGAUCCGGAUCGGAAUUUAAAUUUCGAAUAAAAGCGUAAAAUUAUAUUUAAUUUAUGAAGCUUUUCGAAUCCAAAAAGUCUGUAUAUAAAACAAACUGAAGCCAUCAGCUCUACAUUUUAAAAUUCUUGUUUGUUAAUUUAGCUAUGCUAUUUCAAUAUUUUAUUACUUACCUAAUUGGAUUUAUUAAUGCAUUUAAAUGAAGUAAAAUUUAAAAUUUUCGCUAUUAAUUACAAAGUUUUUAUUUAGAAACAUCAAUUUGUGUUUUUAUUGAUAUUUAAAUAAUUGUAAGUACCUACCUUUAGAUUUAGUUUUAUCACUUAUUAUUAUGUUUGAUUUUAUUUAAGACAUACUUACUAGUCUAACCAAAAUUCGAAUAGUUUUUAAGUACUUAAUAUAAUAACAUGAAAUAUUAUUAAUAAAGGUACGCGUACCUAUUAUAAUUAUAUUUGAUAUAGUUGGUAUCACAUAAACGAAUUUCCCGGGAUUUCUUUAGCCCAGACCAUAAUGUCCACUAUCAGUACCUAUUUUGGUUAGACUAGUUCUACUGAUUUGCUCUAAAUAUUUUACUUAUGCUGUGAUGAUUUUAAUUUGCUCUUAUUAGAAAGUUCAGGUAUCUACUGUUUUUUUUUAUACAUCAUUAACAUUAUCGUUUGCAUCACGAUGUAUGUGCCGAAAUUGACGAUCAAAAAAACUAAAUUUGCAUGGAUUUGAAUUGUUUGUAUUUGCAUGUAUAUGUUAGCUAUGUGUUGUCCUUAUUUUUAAGAUGUUAGGUACUAUUCCAUCGAACUAUUAUUGUUAGUAUUUUAAAAAUAAGAUUUAUUUCUAAAUUAUUUUCGCCAUAUAUUUCCUUCCUAAAUACAUUUUUGAUUUAUAAAAUUACAUUUUAAUAAAUAAAAACUAAUAUAUUAUUUUUGAAUUAGGUAUUGAUUAGGUGUAAGCAUUUUUCAUUUUGUAAAAUACCCAGUGUAUCUUAGACUUAUAAAUAAUAUUUUUGAUUUGCUUUUAGGUGACAACUGAUUGCCGACAGUUCUGCCGACUGCAGACUACGUCGAUUUAGAAUUAAGUUAUAAAUAACAGGCCCGUAGGAUAUAAUUUACUAUAAGGAUAUCCAGAAUUAGGUCUCUAUGAUUCGCAGAAAUGUUUAAUUCCGCUUUAAAGAGAGAAGAACUAAGGCAAAGGGGUUAUGGCCAAAACAGCCCAAAAAUCAAUUUUGAACAUGAUAUUAUUCCAUAAUGACGGGCAAAGCUCUCACUGCUAUUAUGCCUAGAUCAGGAUAUUAUAAGAUAAAAAAUAAAUAAGUAGUUUAUAUUCCGUAAACUGAUUAUCAUGUUAAAUAAAACGUUUUUUUAUUCAAUUAAUACGUAUAAGUAUAAAACUAAGUAAUUGAAAUGCUUUGUAAAAAUAAGUAGUUUAUUCAUAAAUAGUAUUUUGACUUUUUGGUAGGUAUUUGAACCCGGUUACGGGCCUGUAAAGUGAUUUAAUGUUAUGCUUAGCUAUCCAUUUUCUGUAUUUUAUGAUAUCGUUGUAUUAUGUAUCAUGUAAACCUAUGUUGAUACUUAGGUACGUGUAGAGGCUUCCAGUUGUAAAAGAGCGUUAUUUAUAUGAGAGAAAGAGUUAUAAUUUAAAAAUAAAAUGUUCAGUUUUAA